GCAAAGACCCACCAGUAAGUACUCUAGGGUGAAGCUAGACUGCCGCGCUACGGGCGAAAGACUUGCAGUUCAGCUCAAGGGAGCUGAUAACUGCAUCCACUACGGAGUAUAUACUCUAAGCACUUACAGUAUACAGUUAGCUAUAAUUAUGCGCCACAAUGAUCGUUACAUGAGAGAAUCCAAUGAAACCACUGCCUCUAUCCCCACACCGGUCGCAAUCUUCAAUUAACUUGUGAUAGAGCACAGCUGCUCCCCUGCCUAACAAAAUUGCAAUCUCUCCCUUUCGAUAGACACAUACCAAUUUUCGUCUGAUCCAUCUAUACAAAAUGCGCCUCUCAAUUCUCCUCCCUGUCUUCAUCUCCUCCAGCCUAGCCGCAGCCAACACCCUCAACGUCACUGUUCUCGGCGCCCGCAACAACCGCUCCACGCUGGAAUGCUGGGCCCUCGAGCCGGGCUUCAAGACUUCCACGGAGUCCGGCACCGCUGGCUCUAUGAGUUUGAAUCUGGGUCCUCUGGGCGGCAAGAGUGCGGGGAACUCCACAUAUGCUGUUAUCCCGGCGAAAUUUGAUGGUGGAAGACAUAAUGCACCGACUCCGCAAUGGGUCGUCUUCCUCUCCGGCUUAGCCCACAUCACCCUCCCCAACUCAACACUCGAAGCCUACAUCCCCGGCGGGAAGAACGGAGCCAUUCUGGCCCUCGACACAGCGGACGUGAGUACUCUGGGCCAUAUCACCACGUACCCGUCUCAGGAGACGACGGUUGCGUUGGAAAUCCCCCUCGGCGAUGAGGGUGUCCCUGGACAUCGAGUCUUGCAUGUGGGAGCUUGUCGAGAUGGGGAGAUGUUGGUUUGAUUUACUGUAUUGCAGACCGUUAGGUAAGGGAUUCAAAAUGGCGUUCUCGCUCUUACAUACGGCUGUUUGGUUGGUGGUUUAUACGUACGGAAAGCUGGAUUGCUGCUAGGAGGUCAUAGAAUUCAUUGAAAAUGGAAUUACUGGUCCGGAGGGUCUAAGCGUCCUCGUUAGAGUGAAACUGGACAAUGGAUAUGUUGCUUUUCUACCAGUACGAAAAGACCAUGCCGC